CUGCUCUGUCCUGCUAUGAUAGCUGUCGGAAGGGGCAUAGCUGGUAGCUAAACCACCCCCAGAGCAAUUUCAGUAUGGAAGGCUUUACUGCAAAAGUGCCUCAUAGAUAGGGAAGGACUUUGGUGUGUGCUCUGAGACUUCCUUUAAUAAAGUUCUGACCCCUGAAAAGAUCAGCACAUGCCAGUUGAGCUGCGACAAGUCUCCAUAUGCUUGCAGCCUCCUGGGACCCUCAGUGGGGUUAGGGAUGCUGCACGUAGAGCCGGGCUACGGGAGAACACGCUGAACCCCUCAGCUCAAUUUUGGGCAACGGAUGGCAUGAUUUCCUCUCUACAUGGAAAAAGCUUCACACUUAUAUUUUUUCACUAGUAACUACCACUGCGAGCCUUAGAUUUCGUCUCUUUUAAGCCUGCAUCCUGUAAAACACUGUAAUUGCAUGCAGCUGUGUUUGCAACCCUCCGCAAAUGGGAAGUGUGCGCUGAAAAAGACCCAAGCCUAGGACCUCCACAACAUGCAAAGAAAACGCUGCUGGUUUACCAGAAAAAGACCCUGUUUGGUCUGCCCUCCCCUGCCGUUGCUACCUUGCAGUUUAUGACAUCCGGAUAGUGGGAGGUCUGACAAACCGAACAAGGCAGUGAGCAAGAAAUUCCGUUCCUGUGGAAAUCAGUAAUUCCUCCGUGCAGGCUGCUUUUGCUCAUGUGUGUGUGCGUGUGCUUUCUUUUGUGUCACUUUGUGAAGGGCUCUGAUAUUAUUAUUAUUUUAAAUAUAGCUUGCCCUGGGGCGGGGGAAAUGCACAAGGAAAGAGCCAGCAAGCAGCCUAUCUCUCAGAAGAAAAGAGCAAGCCUUGCAGCACGGGAACUAGCUUCACUGAAGUGUGCAGUUUCGAAGUAAAAAAACCACCACCAACAAAAAAAACCCAACACCCUAUUCCAAAUACCACCAUUUCGGAGGACGCUGAAGAAAAAGGACCCCAAACUGGCUAAAUACAGUGAAGGAUACAGUCAAACAGGGUACAAAGCAAACCUAAACGCAGUUUGAGCGUGGGCUCUGAAGUGCAAUUUACCAACAGCAAUAAGAUGUAGCUCCAGAGGGGAGUCCUAGUGGUUGCAAAAGUUUUUUUCUCUUUUAUUUCUACAAAAUUUUUGCUCUCUCAAGCCUCAAGUCCACAGUCUCUAGCCUCCAGUCUGGCUUUGCUGUUCAGCUGGAUUUUCAAUGUGUGCCAACACUGGACUUCCUAUGGAACAGAAAACAAAACAUUUCAGCAUUCGGAGUAAUUCUGGUAUGUUUUUCUACAUCAUGCUACUGGCAAAAAUGCAGUCGACAAAAGAUUGUGCUCCAUCAACUUUGGACAUGGACAUCUGAGGAAUAUAAAGCCUGAUGGUGACAAAGGGUGAUAAUUUCCUAUUUUUCACUAUUUAUCUCACCGGUUUUGGACUUAGCAAUGGAUAUUCUUUGUGAUGAGGAGAGCUCUGUGAACCCAACCGCAAACUCCUUAAUACAAAUAAAUCAUGAGAGAAGACUCUACAGAAACGUUUACGGACCUGGAGAGAUUAAUAUAACACAUCUCUUUAACUUGACUGCGGACUCCGAAAACCUAACUAAUCUUUCAUGUGAAAGUAACAUGAGUCCACCAUGCUACUCUUCCCUGUUUCAGCUUUCACAGAAAAACUGGCCAGCUUUGCUGACAGUGAUAGUGAUUGUUUUAACCAUUGCUGGAAAUAUUCUUGUCAUCAUGGCUGUGUCACUGGAGAAAAAGCUGCAGAAUGCCACUAACUAUUUUCUAAUGUCACUUGCAAUAGCUGAUAUGCUGCUGGGUUUUCUUGUCAUGCCUGUGUCAAUGUUAACCAUACUGUACGGCUACAUGUGGCCUCUACCUACGAAGCUCUGUGCCAUUUGGAUCUACUUGGAUGUGCUUUUCUCCACUGCCUCCAUCAUGCACCUCUGUGCCAUCUCACUGGACCGCUAUAUUGCUAUUCGAAACCCCAUCCACCACAGCCGGUUUAACUCAAGAACGAAAGCUUUUGCAAAAAUAAUCGCUGUUUGGACCAUAUCAGUUGGUAUCUCCAUGCCUAUACCUGUCUUUGGACUACAAGACGACUCCAAAGUGUUUAAGAAAGGCAGCUGCCUUCUUGCAGAUGAAAAUUUUGUCCUAGUAGGCUCUUUUGUGGCAUUCUUCAUCCCUCUAACUAUCAUGGUGGUCACUUACUUUUUAACUAUCAAGUCGCUGCAGAAAGAAGCCAUGUUAUGUGUGAAUGACAUUGGCCCAAAGACCAAGUUUGCUUCAUUUAGUUUCCUCCCUCAGAGUUCCCUUUCUUCAGAGAAACUCUUUCAGCGCUCUUUGAACAGGGACGUGGGGACUUCUGGGAGGAGAACCAUGCAAUCCAUCAGCAACGAGCAGAAGGCUUCCAAGGUCCUUGGCAUUGUCUUCUUUCUGUUCGUUGUGAUGUGGUGCCCCUUUUUCAUCACCAAUGUGAUGGCCGUAAUUUGCAAGGCGUCAUGCAACGAAGAAGUCGUCGGUGGACUACUGAACGUAUUUGUUUGGAUUGGCUACCUUUCUUCGGCUGUCAACCCACUCGUGUAUACGUUGUUCAAUAAGACCUACCGCUCAGCUUUCUCUCGUUACAUUCAGUGUCGCUACAAGGAGGAGAAGAAACCUUUCCAGCUGAUUUUAGUGAACACUAUCCCAGCGCUCGCGUAUAACUCCAGCCAGCUCCAACUGGCGCAAAUGAAGAGUCUGAAAAAAGAGGCAAAAAUGAUGACUAAGGAUUAUUCAAUGGUCACGAUAGGAAUACAUCACGUGGAUGGUACCUCAAAGGGAAGCAUCAGUCCAGGGAACGAAAAGGUUAGCGGCGUGUGACUCUGCCAGCCCAUCGGCAAAUGCCAUGGCAACCACCAAGAGUAUGCUGAAAAUUUCACUGCGCCGUGAAGAGCUCUGAUAGCGUAGGAAAAUCAGCCCUGUUCGAGAGACUCUCCAAUAACAUCACAUACACCUCAUAUUAUCCUGUUGACGAAAAGCAGGGUUGAAAUGGUAUCCAAUGUGCAAUUUUUUUUCAUACAGUACUUUGGCUGUUUUAAGCACAGGCUUUAUUAAACUUAUUUUUUUAAUAUUCUAAAGGAUAUAUUUCUUAAAGAAAAAAAAUGCAAUUUCUGGUAUUCUAACAUGGGCUGUGAAGAAAUGUAUGCAUUUCUUUUCUCUUUGCAAGUGAAAGCUAAGCUGUCCUUUGAUUUCCUCGCAGAGUAGGUUCCAGCUAGUUUGCCUUGCUGCAAUGGAAAUUUGUUAUCAUUUACUGAAUGAGCACUUUAUGGAAUUUUAAAUAAAAUGAUGGUUAAUUUACUAAUAUAUAUUUAAGAUAAAUUUUAAAGCAUUAAAGAAAAAUCUAUUAAAACCUGUAUAGACGAAUUAUAUGGAAAUUUUGGUAACGGUGUUUUUAUGGCUAUUUUUUCUUCUGAGUGACCAUUCUGAUAUGUUACUGGACUUUCCUGCCAUUUGCUCUAUAGUCCAAAUUAGCAAUCUUCAGAAGUAAAUUAUACUUGAACAAUCCUUUGUUUCUACCACCAUUCUUAAUCUUUAUUUCAUGUCUUGCACUUUAUUUCCAUUCUAAAAGUUUCGUAUGUUCUAUUUAAAACUUGAAAGUAGUUUUUUCAAAAGUAAUAUUGGACAUGGUUCUCUGCUCCUUCCCAUUGGUGUUGACAGGGAAGUGAAGGGAGAGAAGAGUGGAAAAUCAGGCACAACAUUGCUAAAUAAUUUCAAGAAUGAUUCUAUGGCUCUGUUUGAUUCCAGAAGAGCCUGACUUCCACUUAUCAGUGGAAGUUUUGCAUGAACAAAUCCUCUAGUAAAAGGUUUCAGCAGAGUCUCUCUCACCAUUUCUCUUUGGUUAAAAAGGCUGUUAUGAAGGUGUCCUUCUGGUUUUGUUUUAGUGCUUGUAAAGUCAGAAUUAUUUAAGAACUGUUACUUGUUCAAAAUUGUUUUCCCUGUUUUUGCUGUUUUGCUGUUAUGGUAGAUUGCUCAGGAACGGUAGGUAGCUUGCACUAUGAGGACUCAGCCUUAAUGAAAUAUGUUUGGGCAAAUUAGGCCCACUUGAAAAUAACAGGACUUAUAAACAGCACCAUAUUUCACCUGCAUAGCUCCAAGGGCAGAAAAAACAUUACAUAAAGAAUAUCAAAUACAUCAUCUGAAAGAAAUGUCUAGUCAUUAAACUUUUCCUUUUGGGCAUCAUAGACAACUUAACCGAAGCCAGUGGGACCGUGCUGGAGAGCAGAGAUACAGAUGUUGCAUCCAUCUGCAAAACUGAAGUCCAAGCAUUUGAUUCAUUACAUGAAUUUUUGCAGCCAUAAUGAAGAGAAGUAGGAUGCAUCUGAGUUUCAGAUCCUGUCCCUUUUGAAAAAAGGCACUACCUAUCCAGAAGCCAAACUCCAAUGCCUUCAUCAUUUAAUAAGCCCUUCUCUUGAAGCUGUUCAGUUUUCACAGGACAAUUACAUAUCCACUAGAAGGGGGGAGAGAAAAAUCUGAUUCUAGCCAACCAGCUGGGGUAUUUGACUAGAAGAGGAAGACUUUUAGGUUAAAAUACUGAAUUCUGUGGUAGAAAAAGACUUAGAACUUGGCUGGUUAUUUGGCUGAUUUCCAAGCAACCCUUUUAUUGUUCUUUUACCAGUUGCCAGUAAGACAGCUAAAUCUGCUGUAUUUUGGGGCAGUUUCCACCAACAUAGGAUAGGUUUGAGCCACAUGGGUCACACUCCUGUGUCCACAUGGUGGCACUGACUCGCUCCACAGCCCUCAGGAUUCAUGUGCAGGUUGAAGCAGUGUGCUGCAGCCUUGUUGCAGCAAUGGUACCCAUGGCAUCCACAGGCAUGUGGCCAUUAAUGGUUUCCCUGUCCUCUAAAAAUGGGAACUUUGGAUCCCCUGCUAAAUCAAGUGGUGUGAAUACUGUGCUCACCAAGCUGGUUUAUGGAAACGCUUGGUCACCAGGACCAAUGUGAAACAGCUUCAGCAGAAGGAAAAACCAGCCCACUGCUCCUCCCUUCCUACACGCCCCUGCACUCCUGCACAGCAGAGCAAGAGGGGUGCAAGCCCACACCUCCAUAUUGGCAGAGAAGAGAUUGCAGGGGGAAGCUGCUAAACACAAUGAAAUCCAGGGAAGAGGUAGGCAGAAACAAUCAAUCAAACAAACAAAACUAAGGUGUUUUCUGAGUAGAGGUCUGAGGCUCAGGAUCUGGCACCAAACCAGGUUGCCUUCAUAUGGUGAACACUGAUACAGGAUCGAAAGACUCUAACCCUGCGUGUCAGGGGAAAGGAAACACAGGUGCUUCCAAAAGUGGAGGGAGUUGCCACCUUUCAUGCCAUUCAUUCCCACUUUUAUGCAUCCCUGUCCUUGCAAAAGAAACAAGCAGAAAGCCCCGGUCUCAUUGUCCAUCCGUGCCAGGCAGCAGAGCUGGCCUGCAUACCUUCAGAUGUAUAUGGGCACCCUGCGCUUUUCCAAAGCUCAGUUUUUCCAGAAAAUCCUGGGGGUCUGGUUGCUGUGCAGCACCAUCUCCUUCACUCGGCUGCACUUACCAAGCUGUUACCGAACAUUUAACAUCCACUGCCUAUGCUCUCUGCUUACUGUCUGCAUUUCACCCAUGUGGCAGAACAAAUCAGCCUCCCGUUUCUCUCUCGUUUCACCUUCUGUUCCUCUCUCACAAUGUCAAAUUGCUCAGGUUGCAAAUACUGACGGGGAAUGUUUCAUUACAAACAGAAAGGGUUUCAAUUACUCACUUGAUGUUUCAUUAGAAGAUGACUCUGAACAUUAAAAUCCUUCCCGCUUAUUAAAAUCAAACCUAUAUUUUGGGACUAAGAGACUGGGCAGCAUUUCUUCAGUUGACAGCUGGAAGUAACCUAACAUUUAAUAUUUUUUUUUGGUUAGAAGAAGGGAUGAUGCCUGAGAUUUUAGUACUGCGGUCACUCAGGUGGUUUUAUGGAGUGAGCAUCAGCUCUUGCCCAAGAAACCUAAGCAAAGCAUGCAUAGCAGAUGAAAACUAUUAUCUCCAGCUCCUUACGAACACCUUUGGCAGUUUUGUGAGGCCUGAUUCUGCCACCUUGCACCAAAAUUUUAAUAGAUUUUCGUAUGGUUUGCCUUAGUGAGGAUGACAGAGUCAGUGUCUGAAUAUGUAAUACUCACUGUGCCAGGUCUGCAGGAGGUCUAAUCAGUAGAUAGCAAUUAACAGAGUAGUUACACUGCUUACAGAUGACAAAGUUCAGCUGUUUUCAACCAGAAUUUAUAGCACUGGACCUAUGGUAGGGACGAACACUACAGUUUAACACGACCAGCUUCAGGCAACAGCUCCAUCUUGCAAAAAAAAUGAAAGUGAGUGUUUUCAUUAUGCAUCAGACUGGAAUGGAAACUUUUGAAAAUUUCCAGGCAAAUAAAGGAAAACAUUCACACGGACUAGCUCAGAGGUUAGGGCCUUCUCCUGCCAUACAGGAAAAGCAUGAUGAGUCAGUCUGUCAUAUCCGCGUCCAAAAGAGCCGCUUCAUCUGAAAAAUGUUUUCAUCAACAAUUUUUCAAGUAGAUCUACAUUUUAUUACUGUUAAGACUGCAUCUGAAAAUGUCCAAAGACAUAAAGCUCACCAUGUAUCUCCUAAGCUGGUGUGCAUAUUUAUAAACUUCAGGGUAAAAAAAUCCUCUAUAUCAAUCCCAUUCAGCCUAUCAUGCACUGUACUUAUGUAAUUAUUGCCAAAUGGUGAGAUGCAUUCUAUUUUGAAUACCCAUAUGUUUGCUUAUGUAAAUACAUAGAGAAAAAAUGUUUGCUGUAUUUUGUAAAUGUUAAUGUAAAAUGGUGUUCUAACGCUUUAUUGUUUUGUCAGAUCCCACUGCUAGUAAAGCAGAUUAAAAUGCUCAAAUGCUAUCAGUUGUUUUAUAAACUGGAGGUUUGUCUUAAGUAGCAAUUUUGGUUUGCUUUAAUUUCCCUGUUAUGAACCCACAGUAUAUCUGCUGAAAGCUAAAGCUGUGUUAAAGAUCUUGCUCAACCAACAAAGAGAAAGACCGUGUUGCAGAAUUUAACUAUCUAUCUCAGAAGACUGUGGUCCAGAAUGAGCCAUUGCAAUCAUUUUUUCCUAAGACAGCAGUUCUCAUGAAAAGUUUUAUACUCUUUGGACAAAUACAUACAGCUUAAAACAUUUCAGUCUCAGAAACAACAUACUUGCAAUAAUAUAAACCAAGUACAUUAGUUUUCCUAAAAAGUCACACUAUAAGAUUAAAAUUAAUAAGCAUCACAAAUAAAUAGCAUUACAGCACUUUACACAGACACAAAUAACACCUGAGUCGCAGAACCAUAGUGCCAUCUAUUGGUAGUAUUUCCUUUCAUAGAGAGUAUUCUAACGAGAACUCAAAAUGGAUAUUGUUACUUCUCGAUUUUUUCCAUCUUAAUCCCAAAACACAUGUAUUCCUCUAAACUGAUUUUAUGGCAUACAUGCUCUUCUUCACAGUUGCAACGUGUAUUAGAGUAGUAGAGCUGUUAAUAAGAAGUCCCCCACAAAUCUAAAUGUAGUCUUAAAGUUUCAUCAAGCUUUAAAAUGUGUAGAGGAGAGUAUACAGAGGCAUCUUUUUCAGAAGUUACCUAAUAAAGGUAAAUGUUAUUUUAGCUACAAACCUGUGAGGCACCACAGAGUGAAAUCCCUGACACAUUACCACUCAAUUUAACCUCUGUAGUACUAAAUCACUAGACAUAGGCUUCAGGACAGAAUAAUUACUCAUAUUAGUAGGAAAACUCCUUUCCAGAUUUACCUGUUCUGGCAUAUUUCGCACUGACCAUAGAAACAGAGCAAAUCUAGCUUAUCCAUCUGGCACUCUAACCCCUAAAAGCAAAGAACGUAUUUGGAAAAGAAGGUAUUUGGUCUACAGGUUUACAGCGUAAUCUUCUGAGGCUACUUGAAAUAUGGCAAAAGGAUAUUUGGAAAUUUUGUAAAAUGAAGUUCCUUGAUUAAAUCAUAUUA